AUGGAUGCGCCUAGGAGACGCAUCAAUACAUAUGGCAAGGCUUCGAAGCGACUGGUUGUCCACGACCUCUUCGCUGCCAGUCACAAGUCUGUUCUGCACUCUGCGCAGUCCUCUGGCCCCUCGAGCCAAGUGGUCUCUCGCGGGACAACGCCGUACAGCGAUGUCUCGGAUUCAAAGAGCGCGUCCGAACAACGCAAGUCAGAGCUGCUUACCGAGCUCGAUGCCAACACGAAACACUCUCGGCUCAGAUCUCCAGCGAAGGCACUAAAACCGGGUGUCAAUACUCAGGCAUCGACUGUGUUUGACAUCGACACGUCCGACGAGGACUCUGGUCGGAAGCAAACGGCCAGGACCACCGUGAAGAGACGGAAGAUCACACCAACCAGUUCAGACGUUGAUGAACAGGCCCUCCGGGGACGCAAGGGAAGUGUUGCAGCUGCAGCCUCUGGGAGCCCCAACUUGCGAAGCCCACAAAGAAGUGCUGCCAGCAAAGCGAGGUCGGCGGAAGCAGAGAAGAGGGCCAGAAAGACGGCGCAGCACUCGAGAACUCGUUCGCUGAAGCCACGACCUACGCAUAUACCUGCGCCCCUCUCGCCACCUCUGCAAUUUACUCCUGAACCACUCACGCCUCCAGGCAUCAGAUCUCCAGCAUCUGACACCUCGAAUGCUUCAAGGAUCACCACUCGUAGUGCCACAAAAAGGAAGCGCGAUGCCAACGACGCGCUUAGCGAUGUUUCCAGCCCGAGUCAGCUGGAGAUGUCUGCUUUGCGUCUUACACCACAGAAGAUCCUGUCGCGGUCGAGUUCAGGGGAACGCAGUGAUCCUGAUGCGUCAGCCCCUGCUCUAUCAAGAGUCCGCCGUCGCUUGAUCGACCGCCUCGAUGCUGCAAGAACGGACCGCCACGAAGACAUAGCAAUGGCCGAUGCUCCUCUUCCUGCCCAGCUUACGGAUUCAACAACGAGAUUUCACUUGGCGUCUAGGGCUGGCAACGAGCGCACGACGAAUUCGGCCACAAGCUUGCGGAGAAGCAGCAGUCUGCCGGACGAGGAUAGCGCACAUGACACCAUUCGACCAAGGAAAUAUGGGAAACAACGGUCCCACUUGCGAGACAUGGUGUCUGAUGAUGAGAACGACUCCCACUCUGGCAGCCAGCCACUGCUUGCCUCCCUCGAGUCUCAGCUCAGCGCCAUGACUGGGAUUGGUCCACAAUCAUCGCAAUUUGAAUUUGAUGACGAGGAUGACGACGACGAGGACAACGCCAGCCAGUUAAAAAGCAUUCAUGAGCUCAGACAUGCCGGCGUAGUCGAUCGCUACGAUCGAGAUCUGGACAGCUUACUGGAUGACAUUACUGCCAGCAUUAAAGCAGUCCGUAUAUCUGCAUUGAUGCAAUUUGUGCGAAAACUGAAGGAGCAAGCUUUCAAGCGACACUUCCUGGAUCGUAACAAGGUCACAGCGCUGGUCAAAAGCAUUCGCGCCGAACACGACAUCAUCAGCUCGAGUAUCAUGGUGCUGGCUUUUUGGACUUUGGCUCAUUCUGAGUCUGCCACAAGUCAUAUUCUGCUGCAGAUUUACCAGGGGAUUCUCAGAUUGCCUGCACAUGUUUUGACUGAGGAAAGGCCACUCUCGGCCAUAGCGAAGGACAAGCGGGAGAACCUGACCAAGCUUCUGAGACAAGAUCUGCUCGAGUUCGAAGCCCAUGUGCUCGAACAAUCUUCAGGUGCGGCACAAGCGAGUCAUAUCAUUACAUCUCGCAUCGCGAUUCGUGCACUGGAAACCUUGCAGCGCAGGCUUGUGGCGGGCGGCGAGACGCUUCCCACCAUAGAUCAGUCGUGGAUUCAGGCAGCGAUGAUCUCGAUCCAGCGACACCUGACAGUGUCGACCGGCAAAGCUCUGGCCGAUCCCGGCGAUGUUGAGAGCAUGCGUUUGGUCAUGGCAUGGCUCGAGCUCGCCGAGUCGUCUUCCAGCGGCGUUGGCAUGAAGACAUCUCCGCAACUACUGUCCGAGCUCGGAUCAAUGCUUGCAGAACUGCUGACAUGGGCGAGUCAUGCGAGUAGCGACAUCGAACAGCUGGCUCUGAAGCUGAUUAUGAGCAUGAGCAGUGGAAAGAAGUCGAUAUCGGCAGAGUUCGCGUCAACAGCAGUGCUCGAGAGCAUAUUUAGCGUGUUGGAGCACAAAUAUCCCACACUGCUCGACCAUACGCGCAGCGCCUCGUCGGACGACGCCACAACGUCGGCAGUGUCAACGUCUGUCAUGCUAGGUCUAGGUUGCUUAGUGGACUUCGCAGACAGCGGCGAUAGUACACGCCUAGAGAUGAUGGGUUUUACAGGCGCUCUUGACGAGCCUUCCGCUCCUGUUCUGAAGCUUGUCAACUACUUCGACUUGUUUGUCAAAGAAGCGGACGAGGCCACAGACGAGUCCAAAGCUCCGAUCUUGAUUCCAUUCGGCUACCUAUGUCUCCUGAUCUGUACCUUGAGCCUAUCGCCACCGAUCCGAAACCAGUUCUCUACAGCUCUCAAGCCAAGUCUCUCUGAGGUCGUAGGACGAGCAAUAACGUUCCUCACGCUUCUGAGUAGUGUCAGCGUGGGAGACAACUCUGCGGAGGACUUUGUAAGAAGGUUUGGAACAAAUCUCAGUGUAUUGAAGGAUGAAGUCUCUGCGUAUGGCUGA